AUGACGGACAUAGGGGACGACCUUGUGCCAUUAAGGAAAGGUCCUAGGCGACCGGGGGAUGCACGAAGGAGACCUUUCAUUGAGACGCUUGCCAAGGACCGGUCACCUUUUGGUCAUACCUCAACACCGGCCCAUCAUCUAAAUGAUGGUCAGAUCGCUUCAUCCAUCAUCAUCUGCCCGCCAAACCGACUAUCGGGGAAGAUCGAUGCCAAAUCAUCUACUUCACGACCCCAGAGAUGCGAUCUAUGGACUAACUCGACGAGAUCAGGUCUUGACCUUUCGCUUACGAACUGGACACAACAGGCUCAAAGCUCACCAAUUCAAACGAGGCAUACAGAAUCUGCAAAAUCCUUCGUCUGUAUCGCUACAGAAUAUCAACCUCUGUAUAUCUGUGAUAGUGGAAUAGCAAGUAACGCCCCAAUUUCCUCAGUCAGCGAUAUCAUAACGCUGAGAUCAAUCGCGUUUUGUGUGCUCCAGCGUUAA